CGCCAUAUCUUCCUUGAGGGGCGCCAAAGUCGGCACCCAAGGUUUAGUGCAGCGGUAACUGAGACGCUGGAGUAAUGGGAGACCGCGCUGUGCCGCUCCCUGCCAUUCCUUAGGUCUCCCCGCUCCGGAGUUGUAGAAACGUCUCAACCCAAGCAGAGCAGACAGGGCCCCAGGGAACCGUAGUAACUGGGUGGCCACAACCACUAGGGGACUUGAAGGCAGCGUCCGACAGCGAACAGCCUGAAGGCCGUUGGGCGGCCUCUAACGCGGAGCGCACGCGCAAAUGCUGAGCCUCAAGGCUUCCGUAAACACCAAAGAGCGCCUGCGCAAAUGGAGCGCCUCGGGAUGGACACGAGGGGGCGCCUUAGCAAAGGUCCCUGGAAGGUGGCGUCAGCAUCUGCAGCCGCGUCGUCGUUGUUGGAGCUUCCGCGGAAGACCCAGGAAAGCCGGACUAGGACCAGGGCCCUGGGCCUCCCCAUGGAGAAGUCAGCUGCCUCAACUGAGCCCCAGGGGCCUCGGCCAGUCCUGGGCCGCGACAGCGUCCAGGUGCCCGACGACCAGGACUUCCGCAGCUUCCGGUCAGAGUGUGAGGCCGAGGCGGGCUGGAACCUGACCUACAGCAAGGCCGGCGUGUCUGUGUGGGUGCAGGCUGUGGAGAUGGAUCGUACCCUGCACAAGAUCAAGUGCCGGAUGGAGUGCCGUGAUGUGCCAGCAGAGACGCUCUACGACGUCCUACAUGACAUUGAAUACCGAAAGAAGUGGGACAGCAAUGUCAUUGAAACUUUUGACAUUGCCCGCUUGACAGUCAACGCUGAUGUGGGCUAUUAUUCUUGGAGGUGUCCAAAGCCCCUGAAGAAUCGUGAUGUCAUCACCCUCCGCUCCUGGCUCCCCAUGGGCACUGACUACAUCAUUAUGAACUACUCAGUCAAACAUCCUAAAUACCCACCUCGGAAAGACUUGGUCCGAGCUGUGUCCAUCCAGACGGGCUACCUCAUCCAGAGCACGGGGCCCAAGAGCUGCGUCAUCACCUACCUGGCUCAGGUGGACCCCAAAGGCUCCUUACCCAAGUGGGUGGUGAAUAAAUCUUCUCAGUUCCUGGCUCCCAAGGCCAUGAAGAAGAUGUACAAGGCGUGCGUCAAAUACCCUGAGUGGAAGCAGAAGCAUCAACCGCACUUCAAGCCGUGGCUACACCCAGAGCAGAGCCCGUUGCCGAGCCUGGCGCUGUCGGAGCUGUCGGUGCAGCACGCGGACUCGCUGGAGAACAUCGACGAGAGUGCGGUGGCAGAGAGCCGGGAGGAGCGCAUGGGCGGCGCGGGAGGCGAGGGCAGUGAUGACGACACUUCGCUCACCUGAGCACAGCACCACGGCAGGGACCAAGACAAGACGGGGCGGAGCCCAGGGGUGGCGGAUGCUCCCGCGCUUUCUCCCCUCCCCCACUCCUUUGCGCCUCCUGGGGACGCUGGGCUCCGGCCCAGGCUGGCGCUGCGACGUGGCUGGACACAGCCCCAAUAAACGGUCCCACAGA